CCCCCCGCCUCAAAUACCAAUUCUAUCUAUCUCACACCACAAUUCUCACUCUCCAGCUCUCUCUCUCUCUCCCUCUCUCUCUGUUCAACAUUCUCAGACCAAAAUGGGUCGUCCAAAGGGGCCUGUUACGAACUCCUCGCCGGACAACGGUAACUUUGCGCUCAGUGGCAGGAUAAUGCUCAGCGCAAUCGUGAUUCUCUUCGCCGUGGUGGUUUUAAUGAUCUGCCUCCACAUCUACGCCCGCUGGUACCUCCUCCGCACCCGCCAACGCCAACGCCUCCGCCGCCGCAGCCGACGCCGCACCCACCUGAUCUUCUACGUCGAGCCCAACGCCCCCGCCGCCUCCCGUGGCCUCGACGGCUCCGUCCUCAGCUCCCUCCCGGUCUUCGUCUACUCCGCCGCCGCCCAGCCCGAUGCGCUAGAAUGCGCCGUGUGCUUGUGCGAGUUCGAAGAGAAUGAGAAGGCCCGUUUAUUGCCCAAAUGCAAACACAGCUUCCACACGGAGUGCAUUGACAUGUGGUUUCAUUCCCAUUCCACUUGCCCCCUUUGCCGGUCGUCGGUGGAGGCGGUGCCGGAGUGCGGCUCCAACGUUGUUGUUUCGGUCGGCGAACCAGAUGGUGCCGAAGCGGCUUCGAGUUCCAGUCCUUGUGCCGCGUGCCGGCAGCAGGAAGAUGCUUCGUCCUCAUCGUUGGCUGAUCGAAGGAAGGCGUUCGAGCCGGCAAACGUGAGGAUCGAUGUGCCGAGUAGGUCCGAGUUGGUGGAUGAGUUGGGGCUGAGUUCGCCGGCGAGUCAUGGUACCAAAUCGCCGUCGAGUCGUUUGCUGUCGCUUAGGAGAAUCCUGAGCAUGAACAGGAAGGGGCCGGCGGUUUCUCCGUCUUCAGAGCUGGGAACGAGUUGCGGGGUUGGCACGGCUGAGUUGGAAACGGAGUGUGGAGGGCACGAGUCGAGUCGGCAUCAGACACCGAGGUGAGGCCGACAAUCCGAAAGGGAACGUAAUUUGAGUCACGCGAUUGAUGAAACAUUCGACGACGAAUUGUGUGUCUGUAAAGGCGCAUGGCCAUUUGCCGGCCUUUCACGGCAUAAUAAUAAUGAAUUAGUAUUGACGUGGCAGAAGACGAAGAGUGGUGGAUUAGUAUUAGUAAUAGUAGUAGUAAUAAUAAUAGAGUAACAGUACGCAGUCUUUGCGGACUCGGAAUAGUCAGUGGCGCUCGUCCAGUCCAGUAUACAUGGGAUGGGAGCAGGAACGAAUCAUUUUAUUUGAUUUUUUAUCUUUUAUGUAUUCUGGUUGGUUUACUUUACUAGUGGUGUAAAAAGAAAGAUAGAUAGACAGAUAGGAGGAGGAGUUCUUCUUGUGAACAUAAUAAUAAUAAUCUUAAAAAAUAUGUUUCUUUGUUU